ACGGCUGCCCCCCCCCACACUAGGAGUGGGUCUGUGUAGGUGGCUGUGCGUCUGCGUCGUGUGAGACCACCCUGCAUGGACUCGUCGCCAUGAGCAACAAGGAGAUGGUUUCCAUAGGUCACACUGAGAGUAAAGGACAGAGAAACAAGCUGCUGGAAUGCCUCCCUCGCUCGUCCUGUCUGCCCAACGAGCGUCUGAGAUGGAACACUAACGAGGAGAUUGCAUCUUAUCUGGUAAGCUUUGAUAAGCAUGACGAGUGGCUCUCCUGCACCCUGAAAACAAGGCCAAAGAAUGGCACCAUCAUCCUCUACAACAGAAAGAAGGUCAAAUACAGGAAGGAUGGCUACUGUUGGAAGAAACGCAAGGAUGGGAAGGACACCCGAGAGGAUCACAUGAAGCUGAAGGUGCAGGGAAUGGAGUGUCUCUACGGUAACUACGUCCAUUCCGCCAUUGUGCCAACAUUCCACCGGCGGUGCUACUGGCUGCUGCAGAACCCAGACAUUGUGCUCGUCCAUUACCUGAACGUGCCCUCCUUGGAGGAUUCUGGCAAAUGCAGUCCGCUGCUGUGCGCUGUGACCACUCGCCACGACAGCGUGAAAUGGAACCGUGACGACUUGCUGGGUCAGCUCAAGCCCAUGUUUCACAGCAUCAAGUGUUCCAGCGGGAGCGGUGAUUUCAGCAUCGAGGAUUUGGUGCAGCUCAUCCUGGAGCGCCAGAGAACCAAACCGCAGCCGCGCACUCACACCUGCCUCUGCAAUGGCAGCCAGGGAGGGAACAUUCCCCACAGCUGCAACAGCACCAAGCACCGGAUCAUCUCCCCCAAGUUGCCCCCAACGUCAUCCUCGCCGCUGUCCUCAGAGACGGGGGAACUGGGGGGCGGCGGGGGUGACGCCAAACUGCCCCAGCUCCAGGCUCAAGGCAGCCCCGCCUCCUCCUCUCCCGGCCUCACCUCCAACUCGACCACAUCCCCGCCACUAACCACCGUGGCGCUGCCACACAACGCCGUCAUCGUCAUGGCGACCACCACAGCCAUCUCUGGGGGCUGCGGCGAGGAUCCCCCCAAGGAGAGCCUGGCGCUCACCCGCUCCAACCAGUUACUUCUCUCGCCUCCCAUCCCUCCCCAUGGCAAGCCCCCCUCACCUUGCCCGCCCUCCCCCACAACUUCCUCCCUGCCCGCUCCAGUGCGCCACACCCUCUCCCUCACCCUCCUUCCUUCCCCUGUCAUAGGAGGCCUGCUCCUUACUCCCUCCUCUUCCGCCUCCCCUCCCUUAUCUUUCUCCUCACCCUCUCUCCCCCCGCCGUUCCUCCCCCCUGCGUUUGACCCAGACUCCUUCCUGAACUCUCCCAAGCAGGGCCAGACGUACGGCGGGCCCGUUCCUCCCAUCAUCUGCUCCUCCUCCUCGCCGCUCUCCCCCUCCUCCCUGGCGCUCUCCCCCACAUCCACCCCGCCCUCGUCCAUCUCCCCUCCCUCGUCGCUCUCGUCGUCCUCCUGCGAGACGGACAGGAAGGACUCGGCCUCGCUUCCGCCCUCCUUCCUCUUGUCACCAACUUCCUCGGUGGCGCCGCCCCUCCUGCCGCUCUGUCUGGAGCUGGGAGCUGUGGGGGUGCCCGCGGAGGCAGAGGGAGGCGACUGCGAGGAGAAGGAGCAGGGACAUGACGCUCACAUCUUGGCGCCUCCCACAAAGCUGCUGCAGCCCAGCCAGUCGUCGACACCAGGAAAUGGCACCGCAUCGCAGGAGCAGCCCUAUGGUCACCUGCCCAGCCCUCCCUCCUCCCCAAGCCACCAAGACAUCACCAUGGAAACCGCCAUACAGAUGUCACCAGCUUUGCAGGUGAAGCAGGUCAACGGCCCGCCCCCCGACACCGACCCCCCUCCCAUGGACACGCAGCAAGAAGCGGAGGAGCUCGAAAUCUCUUUCGACAGCCAGUUCCCAGACCUCAUCUCUGACCUCAUCACGGUAGAGGCUAAUCCCGUGUCGGCGCCGCCUCCCUCCGUCCCCGUCGACGCGCCACCCGGUCCGGCCGUCUUCUCGGCCGGUAUUCGCUACAUGGUGCCCCCUCAGCCCUCCCCCUCCACCUCCUUCCUGCCCUUUCCUCACCCGCUACCAUCUUCGUCGCCGCUCGCCUCCAUCACCGACUUCUCGCCGGAGUGGUCCUAUCCCGAGGGUGGGGUGAAAGUAUUGAUCACAGGACCGUGGAGUGAGCAGACGGGUCGAUACUCGUGCGUGUUCGAUCAGAGUGCUGUCCCGGCUUCACUGAUUCAGCCCGGUGUGCUGCGCUGCUACUGCCCUGCCCACGAGGCCGGUCUGGUGUGUCUUCAGGUUGUGGAGUCAGGGGGCUCCGUGUCGUCGUCGGUUCUGUUCGAGUACCGCGCCCGGAAUGCCAGCUCGCUGCCCAGCUCACAGCUCGACUGGCUCUCAUUGGAUGACAAUCAAUUCAGGGUGUCCAUCCUGGAACGCCUAGAGCAGAUGGAGCGCAGGAUGGCCGCCAUGGCGGCCCGCGACCUCGCACAGCGACAUCAACAGCAGCAGCAGCAACAUCAACAGCAGCGGCGGCAACAUGGUGGCCAAAUGGCCGCAAUCGCGCCGCCACCGCCUCCUCCGCAUGCGCCCGAGGACCACGAGCAGUCAUCCCAGUGGUUCGAGAGGAGGAUUGUGCACGUGUGCGAGAGGAUGAUGAGAGGCGUGCGGUGGAGCGGAGGCGACGACGAGCGGCUUCAGCACUCGCCGCGUCACCGCGGGAUGACGCUGCUCCAUCUGGCCGCCGCGCAGGGCUACACGCACCUCAUACGCACGCUGAUCACCUGGAGGCGCGUACACUGUGACAGUUUGGACCUGGAACAGGAAGUUGACCCUCUCAACGUGGACCACUUCUCCUGCACGCCGCUGAUGUGGGCGUGCGCUCUGGGCCACCGGAAGGCGGCGGAGCUCCUGUACGGCUGGAGCGCCGUGGCUCUCGGCAUCCCGGACUCGCUGGGCCGCCUCCCUCUGGCCGUGGCCCACUCGCGAGGACACACGUGUCUGGCCGCCGCUCUGGAGGAGCUGCACACGCAUGCCACCGCCUCGCCCGUCUCGACCAGCCCGGACACAGGCCUCAGCUCCUCCAGCAGCCUCCCAUCAUCCCCCUCGCAAUGUUCGGCUGCCGCCAUGGACACCUCCCCGUCAUCCCCCUUGUCCCCUUCCUCAUCCUCGUCAUCCUCCAUGCCUGUGGAGGAGCCGCACGCAGGUUACGCUCUCUACAAGAAGAUGACCCAGGCGGCCAUCUUGAUCCAGUCCAAGUUUCGCUCGUACUACGAGCAGAAGCGCUUCCAGCAGAGUCGGCGCGCGGCUGUGCUCAUCCAGCAGUACUACCGCAGCUACAAGGAAUAUGAGAGGCUCAAACAGGGCCCAGGCGGCGGCACAAACCACAACCCCAAAAUCAAGGGGACCUUCCUGACCAAGAAACAGGACCAGGCUGCACGCAAGAUCAUGAGGUUCCUGAGACGCUGCAGGCACCGGAUCAAGGAGCUGAAGCAAAAUCGGGAGCUGGAAAGACGAGGCCUGACCACGUUGAUUGAAGGAUCCGGAAAAAUGAACACCCUCCAGGGGCUGCGGCCGCCCUCCUCGGCGGCGUGGGCCGAGUUUCUGAACGCGUCUGCCAAUGGCCGGAUGGAGCGCGACUUCGCCUUGCUAACGCUGACCGAUGGCGAGCAGAAGGAGCUCUACGAGGCCGCCAGGAUCAUCCAGAACGCCUUCCGGAGAUACAAGGGUCGCCGGUUGAAGGAGCAGCAGGACAUGGCCGCAGCAGUCAUUCAGAGAUGCUACCGCAAAUAUAAACAGCUAACAUGGAUAGCUCUCAAGUACGCUCUCUACAAGAAGAUGACCCAGGCGGCCAUCUUGAUCCAGUCCAAGUUUCGCUCGUACUACGAGCAGAAGCGCUUCCAGCAGAGUCGGCGCGCGGCUGUGCUCAUCCAGCAGUACUACCGCAGCUACAAGGAAUAUGAGAGGCUCAAACAGGGCCCAGGCGGCGGCACAAACCACAACCCCAAAAUCAAGGGGACCUUCCUGACCAAGAAACAGGACCAGGCUGCACGCAAGAUCAUGAGGUUCCUGAGACGCUGCAGGCACCGGAUCAAGGAGCUGAAGCAAAAUCGGGAGCUGGAAAGACGAGGCCUGACCACGUAAAUUCACCCAUCGGUGCCCUGAUGAAUGUAGUUCCCGGCAGGGAGCGCACGGAGGCAAAUGUCCAUCUCUAUUCUUAUUGACUUGUUGGUACACAUGUACCCAUACAUAUAAUACACGGGACUUUUGAAAUGCUUUUA